GAGACGCAGCGCGGGGAGGGGAAGGCGGAAGUUGACUCCCAACAGCACCCGAGAGCCGGGUGGCGCUGAGUUCCGAUCCAGAGCGUCUGCCUUCGCCGGCCGGGUCGGGCCUGAGGAGCCGCCGCCAUGUCCAGCAUGGAGAAACACCUGUUUAACUUGAAGUUUGCUGCCAAAGAGCUCAGCAGGAAUGCAAAAAAAUGUGAUAAAGAAGAAAAGAUUGAAAAGACUAAAAUUAAGAAGGCAAUCCAGAAGGGUAAUACUGAAGUUGCAAGAAUACAUGCAGAAAACGCAAUCCGACAAAAGAAUCAGGCAAUCAAUUUCUUGCGCAUGAGUGCCAGGGUAGAUGCAGUAGCAGCAAGAGUUCAAACUGCAGUAACAAUGGGCAAGGUAACAAAAUCAAUGGCAGGAGUAGUUAAAUCUAUGGAUGCUACAUUGAAGAGCAUGAACCUGGAAAAGAUAUCUGCCUUAAUGGACAAAUUUGAGCACCAGUUUGAAACACUAGAUGUUCAGACAGCACAGAUGGAAGACACAAUGAGUAAUACUACUACGUUAACAACACCACAGAACCAAGUGGAUACGCUUCUACAGGAAAUGGCGGAUGAAGCAGGCCUUGAUCUGAACAUGGAACUACCCCAGGGGCAAACAGGUUCUGUUGGCACAAGUGUUGCUUCAGCAGAGCAGGAUGAGCUGUCACAGAGACUGGCCCGCCUACGUGAUCAAGUUUAACUUAAGUAAUCAAAACUGUGGAUCUCUGUAUAUGCUUCUGAAGCAUUCCCACUGUAUACAUCUUAUCCUGUAUGCAGUAUGCCCUGGAUGUCUAAAUAUUUGUACUAUAUGAUACUUCACUUUUGGCUUGCUGUCCUUUCUAAAUACAUUAAGAAAUUCAAAGGUAUCACAGCCUUUUAAUGUUUUUCUAGGUCUGUACAGUACAUUUUGAAGUUGGGGAUAUAUUUUUGCAAUUAUCUUUUCACAGAACCAAGCUACAGUUCUCAGUCAACUAAUAAUGUUGGCUCAUUCUAGUUGAAGGAAAAGCUGAACACUAACAUGAUAUAUAAUAUUUUAAAUUAUAAAGUGGGUUUUUAAAAUUAUGAAAAACAUGUACAGUAGGGCAACUGAUGCAUGCAAUUCAGAUGAUGGUUGCGGUUAACUUGCUUACACAGCAAAAUUCAUAGAAUACACGGACGUGUUGUCUUUGUUAAUAACCAUAUUAAAACAUAUAGUUGGACUUGAAUCUGUUUUUUUGGUCUUUUAAAACUACAUUACUUGCAGAACAACUUAAUGGGCUAGUUAAAAAUUAGCUACCAAAAGCUGUUUUCACCGAACUGGGAACUUGUAUAGUACCAUCACUUCAGUACAGGAGGAAUAAAAUUUGUUUUUCAACAUUUUUGUCUAGAUUAUUUGAUACAUGUGUAUUAGUUAAGAAAAGUGACUCCAUAUUAUGUUAAGGCACCCGUGUUAAAAAAUUUUUAACUGUCAUCCUUAUAUUCUAUAAGAAUAUGGACUGAGUUUUGCAGAUGUAACACCAACACACAUUUUAAUGUUUUUGCUGAUAGCUGGUAGCUUAUUUUAGAUUUUACUAUCUACUUUAAAAGUAAACCAAUUCAAAUAUUUUCUUUCUUACUAUGAACUUCAAUCUAAUGUUGUCAGAAGUAUCAAACUCUUCAUACAGUCCUAAUUCGGAGAAAUAAUUAUAAAAUUUUUUAGUUAGAACUACCUGUGAUGUUAUGCAAAACAAUGAUUUGUGCCAAAAAAAAAAUUACUCAGACUCCUAAUUACUGUGCAGCUUCUUGUAUUGUAGUGACGCCUCUACAUUACAGUAAGCAAUAGUGAAGUUUUAGAUUUUUAGAAGUAGUCUUUAACUGACAGAUGUGCAGGGUGUCACAUAGCUGCGGUCUUUCUAAUGUUGCAAAAAUCUUUACAUAAUUCAAACAGGAUUUCUCUGUAAAUGUAUAAAUAACCCUAUACUGAAAACCCAAUCCAUUCAUGAAAUUGUUUAAAUAACAAAGGCAUUCCAAGUACAAUUAGAGGCUUUCACAAAAUGAUACGUAACUCAGCAUUUGGCAUUCAUACAAAAUAUUCUUCACUGAGAAUAAGGUUAUAUUUCAGCAAAGAAUAGUUAAAACUGCGUGCAAUAAGGUAAACUGCUGUUGGUCAAAGCAACAAUCUUGGAUCCAUAGGUUUCUUUGGAUCCAUAGGUUUCUUGGGAUGUAUUUGCUAUAACACCAAAAGUUUACUUACUUUGAGAUAGUCCACCAAGUGUUGUUUUCAUCUUAUUAAAACAGUCCUCUUUGUCAUCUGUAUAAAGUACAGUUUAUAGUCCUAGGCUGUUAAGGUAGAGAUCAAAGCAGGGAAAAAUAUUCCUGGAAUAUGGAUUUAUCUUUAUUUUCCAUGAAUAAAUUAUUUUGACUGUCUAAUGAUUAUUAUUUUGAUGUGUGUCACUUGCUGGAAUGUUAAUGCAUUGUAUAUAUUUAUCAAACUGUGAAUGCCUCCAAUAUGAAUAAUUAAAAUAGGAAACAGAUGGUUUUUAA